AAUGGACCAGGAUAUUGUAGUAAAGCUUUCCAAAAAUUCUUAAGUCAGUGGAAAAUUUCACAUACAACAGGAAUUCCUUAUAAUUCCCAAGGACAGGCCAUAGUUGAAAGAACUAAUAGAACACUCAAAACUCAAUUAGUUAAACAAAAAGAAGGGGGAGACAGUAAGGAGUGUACCACUCCUCAGAUGCAACUUAAUCUAGCACUCUAUACUUUAAAUUUUUUAAACAUUUAUAGAAAUCAGACUACUACUUCUGCAGAACAACAUCUUACUGGUAAAAAGAACAGCCCACAUGAAGGAAAACUAAUUUGGUGGAAAGAUAAUAAAAAUAAGACAUGGGAAAUAGGGAAGGUGAUAACGUGGGGGAGAGGUUUUGCUUGUGUUUCACCAGGAGAAAAUCAGCUUCCUGUUUGGAUACCCACUAGACAUUUGAAGUUCUACAAUGAACCCAUCGGAGAUGCAAAGAAAAGCACCUCCGCGGAGACGGAGACACCGCAAUCGAGCACCGUUGACUCACAAGAUGAACAAAAUGGUGACAUCAGAAGAACAGAUGAAGUUGCCAUCCACCAAGAAGGCAGAGCCGCCGACUUGGGCACAACUAAAGAAGCUGACGCAGUUAGCUACAAAAUAUCUAGAGAACACAAAGGUGACACAAACCCCAGAGAGUAUGCUGCUUGCAGCCUUGAUGAUUGUAUCAAUGGUGGUAAGUCUCCCUAUGCCUGCAGGAGCAGCUGCAGCUAACUAUACCUACUGGGCCUAUGUGCCUUUCCAGCCCUUAAUUCGGGCAGUCACAUGGAUGGAUAAUCCUAUAGAAGUAUAUGUUAAUGAUAGUGUAUGGGUACCUGGCCCCACAGAUGAUCGCUGCCCUGCCAAACCUGAGGAAGAAGGGAUGAUGAUAAAUAUUUCCAUUGGGUAUUGUUAUCCUCCUAUUUGCCUAGGGAGAGCACCAGGAUGUUUAAUGCCUGCAGUCCAAAAUUGGUUGGUAGAAGUACCUACUGUCAGUCCCAUCAGUAGAUUCACUUAUCACAUGGUAAGCGGGAUGUCACUCAGGCCACAGGUAAAUUAUUUACAAGACUUUUCUUAUCAAAGAUCAUUAAAAUUUAGACCUAAAGGGAAACCUUGCCCCAAGGAAAUUCCCAAAGAAUCAAAAAAUACAGAAGUUUUAGUUUGGGAAGAAUGUGUGGCCAAUAGUGCAGUGAUAUUACAAAACAAUGAAUUCGGAACUAUUAUAGAUUGGGCACCUCGAGGUCAAUUCUACCACAAUUGCUCAGGACGAACUCAGUCGUGUCCAAGUGCACAAGUGAGUCCAGCUGUUGAUAGCGACUUAACAGAAAGUUUAGACAAACAUAAGCAUAAAAAAUUGCAGUCUUUCUACCCUUGGGAAUGGGGAGAAAAAGGAAUCUCUACCCCAAGACCAAAAAUAGUAAGUCCUGUUUCUGGUCCUGAACAUCCAGAAUUAUGGAGGCUUACUGUGGCCUCACACCACAUUAGAAUUUGGUCUGGAAAUCAAACUUUAGAAACAAGAGAUCAUAAGCCAUUUUAUACUAUCGACCUAAAUUCCAGUCUAACGGUUCCUUUACAAAGUUGCGUAAAGCCCCCUUAUAUGCUAGUUGUAGGAAAUAUAGUUAUUAAACCAGACUCCAAGACUAUAACCUGUGAAAAUUGUAGAUUGUUUACUUGCAUUGAUUCAACUUUUAAUUGGCAACGCCAUAUUCUGCUGGUGAGAGCAAGAGAGGGCGUGUGGAUCCCUGUGUCCAUGGACCGACCGUGGGAGGCCUCGCCAUCCGUCCAUAUUUUGACUGAAGUAUUAAAAGGUGUUUUAAAUAGAUCCAAAAGAUUCAUUUUUACUUUAAUUGCAGUGAUUAUGGGAUUAAUUGCAGUCACAGCUACGGCUGCUGUAGCAGGAGUUGCAUUGCACUCUUCUGUUCAGUCAGUAAACUUUGUUAAUGAUUGGCAAAAAAAUUCUACAAGACUGUGGAAUUCACAAUCUAGUAUUGAUCAAAAAUUGGCAAAUCAAAUUAAUGAUCUUAGACAAACUGUCAUUUGGAUGGGAGACAGACUCAUGAGCUUAGAACAUCGUUUCCAGUUACAGUGUGACUGGAAUACGUCAGACUUUUGUACUACACCCCAAAUUUACAAUGAGUCUGAGCAUCACUGGGACAUGGUUAGACGCCAUCUACAGGGAAGAGAAGAUAAUCUCACUUUAGACGUUUCCAAAUUAAAAGAACAAAUUUUCGAAGCAUCGAAAGCCCAUUUAAAUUUGGUGCCAGGAACUGAGGCAAUUGCAGGAGUUGCUGAUGGCCUCGCAAAUCUUAACCCUGUCACUUGGGUUAAGACCAUUGGAAGUACUACGAUUAUAAAUCUCAUAUUAAUCCUUGUGUGCCUGUUUUGUCUGUUGUUAGUCUGCAGGUGUACCCAACAGCUCCGAAGAGACAGCGACCAUCGAGAACAGGCCAUGAUGACAAUGGCGGUUUUGUCGAAAAGAAAAGGGGGAAAUGUGGGGAAAAGCAAGAGAGAUCAGAUUGUUACUGUGUCUGUGUAGAAAGAAGUAGACAUAGGAGACUUCAUUUUGUUCUGUACUAAGAAAAAUUCUUCUGCCUUGAGAUUCUGUUAAUCUAUAACCUUACCCCCAACCCCGUGCUCUCUGAAACAUGUGCUGUGUCAACUCAGAGUUAAAUGGAUUAAGGGCGGUGCAAGAUGUGCUUUGUUAAACAGAUGCUUGAAGGCAGCAUGCUCCUUAAGAGUCAUCACCACUCCCUAAUCUCAAGUACCCAGGGACACAAAAACUGCGGAAGGCCGCAGGGACCUCUGCCUAGGAAAGCCAGGUAUUGUCCAAGGUUUCUCCCCAUGUGAUAGUCUGAAAUAUGGCCUCGUGGGAAGGGAAAGACCCGACCGUCCCCCAGCCCGACACCCGUAAAGGGUCUGUGCUGAGGAGGAUUAGUAAAAGAGGAAGGAAUGCCUCUUGCAGUUGAGACAAGAGGAAGGCAUCUGUCUCCUGCCUGUCCCUGGGCAAUGGAAUGUCUCGGUAUAAAACCCGAUUGUAUGCUCCAUCUACUGAGAUAGGGAAAAACCGCCUUAGGGCUGGAGGUGGGACCUGCGGGCAGCAAUACUGCUUUGUAAAGCAUUGAGAUGUUUAUGUG